AUGUAUACCGUUCGAAACGUGCUUGAACACAGAAAACCAGUUGACAACACGCAGGCGAAGAAAGAUGCAAAGAAAAAACCACAUGCAGCGAAUUCUGUGGCAGGCGAGGCUGAUGUCAAUACAGACGAAGACGAAGAACCCUUAGAUGUUGAGUGGAGUCGCAUGAGCGUACGAGAGCUCUUGAAGCCAGGAAUAUCUCGUGGAGUCCGCACCAAUACCGACAAGGGGCACAAAUAUGCUCCACGUUCUUCCAUAGCCGACCACGUUUCCGUUCGCCUCAUCCCAGCCGCUGAAAGCUUUGGUUGGCGUACGAGGAUCGAGCUCGUCGAUGGAUUAGCGUCAAAGCCGGGAAGGAGGAUAUCCAUGUCGGCGAGCAAACGCACGUCCACCCCGAGCCGUAUCCCCCGUAAUUCCCUCAAUACCCCACGGCCACCGCCGUCGGACUCGCCAGGACAUACGUCCACUUUCAAGUCGCUGUCAUUUCGGUCAUUAUUGCCAUUUGGACCAAACAAGACGACUACACAUGUCAGUCCUGCCGUUACGCCCAAGUCGAGCACGGGAUCUAAUGGUGCCGGCUGGCAUGGAGGAUUCGGGAUCGGAAAGGGUAACGCUAAUGGGGUCAAAGAAAGAGGUCGGGAGAGGAAGAUGAGCUUUGGGAGGGUCAUGGUCAUUGACAUUGCCCACGCCAACAAAGAGAAGAAAGAGCCGAUUGCACCCGCUCCAACGUCACCCCUUCCUGAUUUGUCGACGAUAAUAGAGGCAGACACAUCUGGCAUCAGUAUUAGCAAACAUCUGCCACCCGCUUCUAUCCCAGAUACCCCAGAUACCCCCCAAGAUGAAACCAGCCACCCAGACUUAGAAUUUUCUAUACCUGACGACGAACUCGACUUGUCCACCUCGCACAUAGGUGCGCAGGUACGCGCUGCCAUGGCCUUUGGAGGCGGUUGGGGGAAGUCCAAAAAGACUGCCCUGGAUGAUGUCAAAGGCGAAGACAGCUUUGAUCUUGAUGAGGAGGUUGCUAAGUUGAUAGAGGGGGACGAGAAGCAGGCCCAGGAUGAAGAAAGCUUCAACUUGGACAGAGAAGUCGCUAAGCUGCUGAAUGCGAAGCGACCUUCAGAUUCCAUCAAUGGCCUGGAUACGAGCAAGAUGAUCGUUGGUCCGUCACCUGAUCGUACCGCAGGAUCGUUGCUACCACUGGCGAGACGCCCCCAGUCAUCAUUGCCGCGGCUCAGACCAACGACAUCGCCUGUCACAGCGCAGAGCGUUUUCAAGAGGGAAAACAGCAGAGAGAUUUCAAUGACGAGAGAGAACUCCCCUGCACGAACAUCGAUAUCAGCUACUUCGUCAAGACACACGCUUUCCUUUGAGACGCAUGAAUUUCCCAAUCAUUCCUCGCAUAUCCACCAGUCGAUGAAACUCCCUCCUUCACCAUUGUCGUCAACUAGCACACCACCCUCUUUAAAGCCCAAGCCGACGCCGCGUCCUCCCAACACACACACUCGUUUAAGGCCGAGCAUUGACAUCCCUCGGACAUCUAUUGACACACCAUCUGUGAGAACGCGGAAGCGGAGCGUGAGCACCACUGGUACGGAGCCUAGACGAGAAAGGCCGGGGAGUAGUAUGUCCUCUUCCCCUGCUCAUCCGUGGCUAGGUCCGCGGACAGAGAAAGCCUUCAAAGCUGCUGGGCUACUCGAUUACGACAGAGACCCGGGCUUGAAACGGUACGCCUCCUUGAGGGGGGACAGUCGUCCGGGCAGUGGUAGGCGGGGAAGUGAAACGACUACGUACAGUCGUGCGAGCGAUACAUUGGACAGUCCGUAUCAUGCACUGGGGCGGGAUACCCCUCGGAGCGUGAGUACCGCGCCGACGUCCAUAAGUGACGUCGAGUCCGAGAGGAUGCGAGAGAGGCACGAGAUGGAGACGGGCGCACUACUCAAUGCGUUGAGCGACUCGCAACGGAUAGUGAAGGUGUUAAGGGAGGAGAACACUGAGCUCAGAGAACGGCUAGCGGACCGAGACGCCGAGCGGGACGAGCUUAUUGCCGAACGGCAGGAGCUUGAGGAGCAAGUGAGGGAGCGGUUCGACCUAGCAGAGCGUGUGGGCGAGUUGGAAGAAGAGAAUGCCGCUUUACGGAGCUUUGUAGAUGGCCUUCGAAGAGAGGUAGCGGCGUGGGAGAUGAAGGCGGCGUGCUCCGAUAUCAACUUCGAUGCUGACGGCGAUGUCAGUUCGAUAUCACGAGCGGGGGGCGGUAGGCUCGGUCCGGAUGACUCUGUGCGCUUCGAUCCGGAAGUCGGUGCGCCCUCAAACCCCGACGUCGGGGAGGACGAGGACCUGACUGCGAGGAUCAGAAAGCGAGUCAGCACCGCCUCGAGUCUAUUCCCGGUUUUGCCGUCGAACAUGUCGAUGCUGAUGGCCGAAGAGGGAGCAGAUGUUGGGUCGUCGCCCUUGCUGAGCCAUAAUUCUUACCAGCACUCACGGAAAGCAUCGCAGGGUGACCAGUCGAUGAUCACCAUGUCCUCAGGUCCUGGGAGUCCGCGCAGUUUGUUCCUAAAGCCGGAGGAUGAGGACCAUCUGAUUGACAUGGACAAUAUCAGUUUUGGGGCAGACGCGGAGGUCUUGCCCCGACGUUAAAAUUAUCUAUCUGUCCAUUUUUCGUUCUUCUUUGUAGGAUAUUUAGAUGGGAACAUUAUUUACCGAUACCCUAUUUUAUUGGCACUUCUUGCAUUUGCUUCAUCAUAUAUUACUCACUGUAUAUUAGCAUACUAACACCGCUGCACAAUAAAUGUAUUCUUGUAACAUAGAACCGAUAGUGACGUUUCUUCAUUUUUAAAGAGCAGAAAAUAAUUGUUGAUAGG